CACGAAUCACGAUUCGGGCACUUAUAGCGACGUCCCUUUUCACAAGAAUUUGCUGAGCACCGACAGCCCGCAAUCACGAUGGUGUACUACUACAGCUCCAGCGUAGUUGAGCCGUCUGGCUUCAUUUACGUCGGCAAAGACAAGUACGAAAAUGAGGACCUCAUCAAGUACGGCUGGGAAGAGGACGUCUGGUUUCACGUCGACAAACUCUCAAGCGCCCAUAUCUACCUCCGCAUGAAGGAAGGCGAGACAUGGGACAACCUCCCACAGGAUCUGCUUGUUGAUCUCGCCCAGCUCACCAAGGCGAAUUCCAUAGAAGGCAACAAGAAGGACAACAUCACCAUCAUCUACACACCAUGGUCCAACCUCAAGAAGGAUGGCUCCAUGGAUGUGGGGCAGGUAAGCUUCAAGGACCAGCGCAAGGUCAAGCGUAUCCUCGUCCCGCAGCGGGAGAACCACAUCGUCAACCGCCUCAACAAGACCAAGGUGGAGAAGAAGCCCGAUCUUCUGCAGGAGCGGGAGGACCGUCUCAAGGAGAUUCGCAGGCGCGAUCAGGCCGCAUACCAGGCACGCAAGAAAGAUGAGGCCAAGCAGGCAAAGGAGUGGCAGGAGAAGAAAUACCAAAAGGAUCAUGCGUACGAUGAACUGUUCACAGAGGAGAAUAUGGAGGCGACGAGUAACCAGAACAGAACCGAGGACUGGGAGGAUGAUUUUAUGUGAGAACGUUCGCGAGUGCGUGCAUCGCAUGAGAUAUUCACAUGU